AGUAAUACUUCAAAAACCUGAUUUGGAAAUGAAUGCUCUUGUCAAUGAAAUUGAAUGACUGCUACCGUCGUGCGGGAUUCUAGUACUCGGGGUCUAUCGGGCUUCAGAUCAUUGGCUGUUGCAGGGCACAGCAUCUGCAGGGUUGUAGACUGGGCCAGGGAGUCAGUCCCCUCCCCCCCUUCGUAAAGUAGUCCACUUCCUGGCAAUAAUGUCCAGGCUGACUGUGAGAGAGAAUGCUGGGCACUGGACCUUGGGGCCGGUAGGCGGGUUACUGCAGCAGUGGCACGUCCACCAGGGCAGCAGACCAUCCUGAAUGAUCGCCGAUGACUUGCCUUCCAUCGAUUUCUCCGCAGCAAAAGCAAUUACUAAGGACAGCAAGCCCAAGCGGGGUCUCAACAAUGGGGAUUCCACCUGUCACGCAGCUUACCAACCGGACAAGACGAGCUCGCCAACGCCAUCCUCUCGGUUCCUGGAUCAACAUUCCAGUCACCGUCCACCCUCGCUGUGGCCCAAGCUUGAUCCACGCCAUCUCCGAUCCCCUCCUACACACGCGACUAGCUCGGUCUCCUUCCACUUCCCCGGAUCUGACGACGCUAGGACGUUAGAUGAAACUCUGUCAGAGGAGCUCCGGACUUUAUGGACUACUUUGGAUAGCUGUACGACGUCAAGACCACGGAUGCGGUGUGUGUUGUGCAUGCUUGAGUUCGAUAUCUCUUCCUAUUUUGGAUAUCGGUCUUACAAUCCACACCCCUCUAUUGAUGCCUAAUGCUGCCGUGAACGCGAUGGCUGCGACUCGGUUGUUCUAACAUCGAGGGUACUGUAAUUAGAACAAGUGACACUGAUGGCGAGGAUAUUGAAGGACGGCGAACUGCCUUGAACAAAUAAAAUUCAAUUGGUCGAGGACUGGGGCUGCAAACCUGGCCAU